AUGACCAUUCUAAGCGCAGCCAUCUCAACGAAAUCAGGAAAGCCCAUCAUAUCCCGUCAAUACAUGCAAUUGACAAGAUCUAGAGUAGAAGGCUUACUCAAUACGUUCCCAAAGUUAAUUCCCUUAGGCAGCCAGCAUACUACAGUUGAAAUUGAAAACAUAAGAUUUGUGUAUCAGCCACUAGAUGAGCUCUAUCUGGUGCUGAUCACAAACAAGGGUUCAAAUAUACUCCAGGACAUUGAAUCUUUAUCUUUAUUUAGCAGGAUAACUAUCGAUAUCAUUAAGCAGCACACCCAGGAGUCUGUUAUUAAUAACGCUUUCGAUUUGUUGGUCGCUUGGGAUGAAAUUAUUGCGUUUGGAUACAGAGACAACAACAACAUACACCAAAUUAAAUCUUUGUUGGAAAUGGAGAGUCACGAGGAAAAGAUUCAAGAUAUUAUUGCAAAGAACAAAGAAAUGGAGGCUAAGGAGGAGUUGAAGAGACGGGCGAGAGCUUUAGAGAUGCAACGUAGGGAAGCUGCAAAAGUUGGUGCACAAACUGGUUUAUCUGCUGGCAAGUACUCUUCUUCCUCUGAGCUUAACAUUUCACCUUCAUUUGAUGCACCUUCACCUUCAUCCGCAUCCGCCGCACCUACACCCCCUUCAACUCAAACAUCAUCUGGAUUCAAGGGCAGUGGAAUGAAAUUGGGUAAAAAGAAGACAACAAUCGAUCAGUUUUAA